AGUCUUUUAGACCAACCCCUCUCUGUCUCACUCUCUCAUCCUCUUCCGCCUCGCGCUCUCUCGCUCAUGGCCUCAAUCCUGAGAGCGCCGGCGCUCCUCAUCGCUCCGCCGGAGGUGGCAGCGGGGGCGGCCCGAGGGGCUUCUUUGGAGGCGGCGAGGAGUCUUCCAUUUUUCUCUGCAAGGCGGAGGAUCUCGUGGCCUUUAAGGCUAAAGCUGUCCCCUCUUGCCUACAAGCCGCUCCGCUUCCCAAACCUAGGAGGCUUCGCUGCCUAUGGGGACACGACCGAGGCCGGAGAGACUGCGAAAACUGUGGAAAAGGAGGAUUCUGAUGAAGAAAUUUCUGUAGAGGAUGAAGCAACCGAUGGUGAUGGUAUUGGCAUGGAAGAAACAGUUGCUUCAACUGUAAUGCUGUCCCUACAGUUAUACAAAGAAGCGUUGGCAAAUAAUGAUCGGUCAAAGGUUUCUGAAAUAGAAACUUUUCUUCAGUCAAUUGAAGAUGAGAAGAACUCUCUUUCGACUAAAAUUGCUGCUUUGGCCGAAGAAUCAUCGGCAGAACGGGUCCGUGUCCUUAGGAUCAGUGCCGACUUCGACAAUUUUAGGAAGAGGACCGAGAGAGAAAAGCUUUCUUUGAUGACAAAUGUGCAAGGUGAAGUCAUAGAGAGCUUAUUGCCUGUUUUAGACAACUUCGAAAGAGCUAAAUCCCAAAUAAAGGUGGAGACACAGGUAGAAGAGAAAAUUAAUAGCAGCUACCAGAGCAUUUAUAAGCAGUUUCUAGAGAUCCUAACCUCCCUAGGUGUGGAAGCAGUGGAAACCGUUGGGAGUUCGUUUGAUCCCUUGUUUCAUGAGGCCAUAAUGCAUGAGGAGUCGACGGAGUUCGAAGAGGGCAUCAUAAUUCAAGAAUUCCGUAAAGGUUUCAAACUUGGGGAAAGACUCUUGCGUCCAUCAAUGGUGAAGGUGUCCGCAGGACCAGGCCCAGAAAAGACUAUAGAUGAUGAAAAUGUGGUGAUAGUUGAAGAUAUUGACUCAAGUGAAAGCAUGGAAGACGUAGGCCAUGAUUCUGGAUGACUUCUAAUUUGCACCCGGCAAUUUUGUUCAUUCCAUCAUUGUUUAACAAACCUUUUCAACACAAGACAGUUUUGCGAAUCA